AUGUCUGGUUAUGCUCCACUAGAGGACACUGCAAUGAUUCCUUCACCUUACCACUGUCCUUCUCAUCUGGGGACCUUGACCAGGGUGGAUCAAUUUUUUGUCUACAAAGAAGAAACUAAGGAAGAAUAUCUUGCAGAAGUUUGCUGUGGAAUAAAGCCUGUCAACAAAUAUUUUGUGAAGGAUGGCAUGGGGAACAAGGUCUUCGGUAUUCUUGAGGACAGCGACUGUUGUGACAGGUCUUUCUGUGCUAGUGGACGUUCUUUCAUAAUGAAUGUUACAGACAACUCAAAUCAAGAGGUCAUCAGACUGGUGCACCCGUCUGCUUGCUGCUACGGCAGCCAUGAGAUACUGUACAUUGUGUUGAGGUUUCCAAGCAACCUGGAUGUCAAAAUGAAAGCUACUCUACUGGGGGCCUGCAUACUUAUUGACUCCGUGAAUUAUCACACGUCACAUGGUGAACCGCUCUUGUGUACCUUCAUAUCAUUGGCAUUCGGCUAUUGGAAAAUGUCCUAGGUGGG